UAAGUGGAGAAUUACAAGUAAUAGUUGAGUGCGCGCCACCCAAUAAAUAGUUGAAUAACGCGUAAAUCAGCACGGACUUCCGCUGGGUAACUCUUGCAUCAAACUGAAUAUAAACGGGCACCACGAACCGGAGCAGCGCCACCACCACCCGCACAGACAUCAGCAGCCGUCGCAUCUGCACAUGGGUGGCAACAGCGCUGCGUCUAAUGCGAGCGCUUUCAGCGCUGGCGGCUACAUUGGUCCGACAACGAGUCUGGGUGCUGCCGGUGGCAGUGAUUUGAUACCAGCCCCAAUGGGCACCGGCACAGCAAUUGGGGGCAGCAGCGCAACCUAUUCCUCGGGCGGUACCACUUGGGAGGAGUUCUGCGAUCGCCAUGCGCGCGUUGCCGCCAGCGACUUUGCCAAGGCAUGCAUCACCUUCAUCAAUGGCAGUCUGCCGCCGGAAGUGGCACGCAAUAUUCCGUAUCACAGUUUUGCUGCCAAAUAUGUCGAGUAUUUUUCACAGCACUACGAUACCGAGUUCUUCAGACGACGCAGCAAUUUGAAGACGGACAUCGGCUCCCUCUUCGAUGGUGGAGGCGGAGCUGUAAGCAGUGAUUUCGGUGCGGAGGAGCAUGAGGUGUCGCGUCUGUUCCCCAAGUCGCUGCUGCGCCGGCUCUCCUUCAAGGGACUGCGCAAGGGCAAGAAGCUCUUCUUUUUGCAGGCCUUCUUUCACAAGAACUCGGACGAUGUCGACGGCGUCGGCAGCAGCAAGCAAAGCAACAAAACCAAGCUGGCCAAAAUCGUUGUGGAAUGUCGCAAGGAAGGUAUCGUUAAUAAUUUAACAGCCGAAAGCUUGGAUCAAACGGCUGGCACACAAAAAUGGGAAAAAUGCCGACUGGCAUUGGUCAAGGCCGUGGGCGGUUAUAUGCUUGAGUUUUAUACGCCCCCCAAAUCGACAAAGCCGCGUAGCGGUGUCUUCUGUUUCCUCAUCUCGGAGGCACGCGAAACAACCACACUCGAGAUGCCUGAUCGCAUGAACACGUUCGUGCUCAAGGCGGACAACAACAUGGAGUAUGUGAUUGAGGCCGAUAGCGCUGACGACAUGCGCAGCUGGCUGGCCACCAUCCGCUAUUGCAUGCGAACGCCGCCAACCCAACAGCCAAUGCUCGACUCCGAUGUGAUUGCGGCAGCGAUGCAAACAUCGCCGGUGACCACAAAUCCCAAUCCGACAACGAGCGGCGGUGCGGGUGCAGGCUGUGCAUUGGGCGGCAUACAGAAUCCCCAAUAUCAACAGCAGGGGGGUCUUGGCGGCUCCAAUGGAAAUCUAGUCAAUUCGCAGUCUGCGGACAGCGCCUUGACUGUCGCCGCCGGCUCAGGCAGCAACAAUGCAGCCAAUUCCGCCACGGAUGUGAAUGUCAUUUCGCAGGCCAGCCAUGAGUUGAGUAGCACGCCACCUGAAAUCCCCUCGCGUCCAUCCCGAGCCGAGGGUGGGCGGGGUGAACAGCGUUUGUCCUCGUCGAGUAAUUUUGAUGGCAAUGAGCUGGUGGAGAACGAAUCCGAUGUGAAUGUGGCCGAUCUGACGGCUGAGAUGCGUCUAUUUCCCUGGUUCCAUGGUACGUUGCCACGUGCCGAGGCGGCUCGCAUGGUGCUGCAAUCGGAGGCAGCCGGUCAUGGUUACUUUUUGGUGCGGCAAAGCGAAACGCGACGAGGUGAAUUUGUGCUCACAUUCAAUUUCCAAGGACGGGCCAAGCAUCUGCGCCUGACAAUCUCGGAGAAGGGCCAGUGUCGAGUGCAGCAUUUAUGGUUCCCGACCAUCCAAGAGAUGCUCGAGCACUUCCGGCACAAUCCCAUACCGCUUGAGUCCGGUGGCACUUCAGAUGUGACGCUCACGGAUUGGGUGCAUCACACGAGCAGACUGAACGAUCCGGCCGCCAACAUAGCAACAGGUCCAAAUGCCGCCGCAGCGCACGAGGCAGGCGUCGAUGUGGCAGCUUCUGCGGCUGCUGGUGUCACAAGCAACGUGGCCAGCAGCUCUGGCAAUGCGAAUGGCAAUGGCAAUGGACAUCCAUCGCCGAGACAUUGCAACGAAGUGAUUACCAUGAAUCUAAGUGUUCGCCUAAAGACAAACGAAAUCGAACUGCCACAGGAGCCAACACACGUCUAUUUUCCGGAGCAAGUCUACUUUCAUUUGGAUCCUACAACGCUGACCGUUCACCAAUCGCCGCCGGCUGGUCAAGGAUUCCUGGAUCAGCCGCAUCUACGGGCGUCGAAUGCAUCACUUCAGGCUGCCCAUCCGGGCGCUGGCCCGGCACGUCACGGCGGCGACACGAACGCCGGUGGCAGUGGUGGUGGUGGUGCUGGCAGCAGCAGCAGUGGCGGUGGCGGCAGUGGUGCAGCAGCCGGAGCCGAGUGCAGCGGCCGCGCCAUUGAUAAUCAAUAUAGCUUCACUUAAGCGCAUGUCGCGCCAAUGCAUGGAAUGAGAUUUGGAACUUCUUGCGCGGAAUUUAUUUUUGUGCCAUUGCGUUGCAGCAGCAUCAGCGAAAUAUUUUUAU